AUGUGGGCGCCACCGCAGAAGCCCAUCGCAGUCGUCAAGCAGCAGCAGCGGCAGCAGCAGUCAGAGCAGCCUAGACGAGCCCCUUCCCUCGAAAAGAGCCGCCUACCCCACUUCUUCGAGGGAUGGAAUGAGGGCGCGUUAUCCCAGUCAACAAGAACAGGACUACAACCUCCAGUCCCACCCUCACCACAACCAUCACCAAAGACACAACUCUUCACAAAUCCAUUCGAGAUCGCAGGACCCCUUCGCUUGGAAGAACGCCCUCAAAGGAAUUUGAAGCUUCCUACCAAUACUCAUGCUGACGAAGACUUCUUUGCUUUGCCUAUUACAGAUCACGAAAACAUCCAUGCUCUAGUUCGAACACCAACUAUCGAAUUACACCCUGCACAACAUAAACCAACACCAACUGCUCCUGCACCAGCACCGACUAGCUUUGCGCCCACUCCAACAUCAUCUUCCAGCGAGAAAGACUCACACUCAGACGCCAGCAGCUUUGCCUAUGUUUUGAGCAGAGAACGCGUCACAAAACGGAACUUCAAGAGGGUCAUAAGAUCACCUCCGCAUCUAUCGCAUUCCGUACCAUCUCGUCCUGCUCCGCCAAAGUCUAUUGUUUCAUCACCCGCCAUUGUUAUCCAAUCAGCUCCACCUAGUCCUCGCUUUCAACCUGUCACCAAAUCGUCAACCUUCUCUGAAGCAUCGAGCACAUCGCGCACUGCUUCUCCAAACCGCCAUGACGCAGCUCAUGGCCAUAUUUCUUUCCAAAACUCAAAGCUAAAAACUCGCCGUGCGAAAGCAUCCGUCGCGCCUGGUCGCUCGAUUGGCCUCUCAACACACAAAGAAAAGCACGGCAGUCCGCCCAGAGGUUCCAAUCGGACUUUGGCGUCUCAUGAGCUCAUACCGCCUGCUAUGACGCAAAAGAGAUCGAGCGACUCCAUACCCACACGAGAGUUGGGUCGAAGAUCAGACCAUCCAGGAAGGUCAGUCUCUUUCGUGAGUACGGUGGACUCGGUCGAGGAACCAGCCAAAAAGAAACUCGAGCAAACAGAUCCACCGCCCCCGACCGAAGAGGUACCAAACCAAGGAGUCCGGCGAGUCUUGACAGUACACAGUAUCGUAUCGGCCCCAGUCAAAAGACAGACCACCAAAUUGCAGCAGAACGAGAGUCCAGACCGACGCCGAUCUAGACAGCUCUCGACAAUGUCAAGGUCGCCUUCACCCACGCCAGGAUGCUUUGGGCUGUUCAAUUCCCGUUCCCGUCGAAGAAGAGGGACCAACGUAUCAAUCCGAACCGAAAGCACCAUCACAAGCAGCAGCCCCAAGCGUAAAGAUUCGUAUUUCGGAGGAGAUGGUCGUGAGUACAUCCAGAGCCCAAUUGCCGGAUUGAGCUUCUUGCCGUCCGAGAUGCAGAGAGUCAACACGCCGCCAGUGAGAACGCCAAUGAGUCCGGGGUCAAGGUCUCGAGGGUUCUUCUUUGAUUACACCAAUCCUCCAGGCGAAAGUGACGAAGCAGAAACGCGCCGGGACUCGGUAGCCGGAUCAACAGACGUCGACAUGCGAAUGCUAGCUGCUCCUUGGGACUUCAAGCGUAACGUAGGCCUGCCGGUCAAGGACAGCAACGGCACAUCGGACUACUUCUAG